AUGGUGCAGACGGCUCAAGAUGACGGCCUUCAGCGCCUCUCUAACAAAAAGCGUAAAAAGGUCGCUCCAAAAAAUACGACCAGAACGCGAACUCCAUGGAGGUCCAGGACGAAGUGCAAGGCAGUGGUGCAGACACCUGCCCAGAAGGCAUACCUGAAAGGGAAGAGGUAUGAAUGUAAGGAGACGUAUGCAGAGGCGCUUCGCGAAGCCCGUGAUGUGAUAUGGCAGCAAGCAGCGCGCCUGCAGGAGCACUUCAGUUCUCACAAUAUUGAGUACUACCACCAGGAGGUCAUGCAGCACUCUCGCCUUGUCUCAUUGAAGAGAAAAGUGAGCCGCUGGAAUGUCUUCCAGCGCAUGGAAGUUCAGCGCAUGAAUCAAGCCCUGCCAGCGGGUAUGCCGCACAAGAAAGCUUCUGCAUACAUGGCGGAGAUAUCGGCAACAUAG